CGACUUCCCGCUAAAUGUUGAUAAACAACAGGGCCUAUUGAAUCUCUAGAUAUACACUGACUCACUGUAGUCUAUUAUACUAAAACUGACUAGAUUGACAGAAUUUCAAAGAAUGUCUUUGAAUGAACAUACACACCCAAGAAUAAAUGGCUCUCUCUUACAGAAUCAUCUCGGAAAAAAUAUCUGCUUGCUUGGAUUAGUUAAAAACGUUGACAGAAGUGGCAAAUCAUUUACAAUGACAACCAGUGACAAGAGUGAUGUUCAAAUACAGUUACAGGAACCACUGAGUCAUUCUUUGUCUGGCUUAGCAGAAAUCCAAGGCAAAGUAAUCUCUCGCAAUACUGUUUCUUGUGAUAAUGUUGUUUCCCUUGCAGAUGCUACUCAGAAUUUCGAUUUUGUACUCUACCAAAAAGCUAUUGAACUAACACAGCGUUGUCCCAACUACUACAUACAAGGUGGUAAUGCAGAAGACUGAUUGAUGACACAUUUUUUCAUUGCAUUUUUUCUUGUUAAUGUAAAUAACAUUUGUCUGGAGGAAGAGUGUAGGCAAUGUGUGAAUGUUUGCUCAGAGAUACAAAUAAAGAAAUUUAAACAAGCUGA